UAUGAUAUUGUAUAAACCAAGAUGUCUGCGCCCUUUGAAUGAAAAACAUGCCACUUGUCCGCUACUGUGAACACGGUUAAAACACAUAUUGUUCCAAAUAGGAAGACGUUCACGUUUGUCAUGGAAAGUAAUUAGAUAGACAAUUAUUUCAGUAUUUGCAGCAUUAUUUCACAUGACUAUUUGAGUGAAAAAUGUCUAGGAAUAAAAAGUGUGUGUUCACAACAGCCCUGGAUUUCUGUCCCGACUGUGGAUCUGUGUUACCCUUACCGACGUAUGAACAGUUCCUCGCCUGUAAAUCCUGUUCGUUCAAAAUUGAUGUAAAUGAAUUCGAUGCUGUGAAAACCUAUUCACGGAUUGUGUUCAACACACCAGACAAAGCAGCUUUAAAGGCUCAGGAGGAGACUGGAGAACUUACAGGACCCACAGUUGACAGAAAAUGUCCAAAAUGUGAGCAUGAAGGAAUGGUGUAUACUACCAGACAAACACGGUCAGCUGAUGAAGGGCAGACCGUCUUCUUCUCUUGUCCAAACUGUAGAUUCCAGGAGAUUGAAUAUUCCUGACAUCAUUGGAUUGCAGUGUUCCUAUUACUGGUGGCAGUAUCUACUACUGAUGACCAGGAACUUAUACCCAGAAUUGUCCGACUGAAGUUCACACAAGGAACUGUAUAAAGAAAUAGUUCUAUGGGACCUAGCUCCAAGUGACUGGAACAGAUUACAGUAAAAGAUGUUUCCAGCUCUGCCUUUGCAACAAUACAGAAGGUGUGAGACCUACCUUGCAUCAAAGGGCCAUACAGAAAUAAAUGACAAUGAAAACAUUUUAAAUACACAUGGCAUAGCAGUUUGCAAUUAUUCUUUGAUAGAUACAAAAUUGUACAAUUUAUUUUUCAACAUCUCCAAUAACAAAACUUCUCCUUUGUACAUUUUUUGGGUACCAGUAUUAAAUUAAAAAUGUAUUAAUUCAUAUGUUUUCUUCUUUCAUCAUAAAUAAUGCAUAAUCAAAGCAUUUCCACUAGUACUAACAGAACUGUUUGAACAAAUAAACAUUGAAAUCUGUGCCAUGGCAAUAUAUUUUGUGGACGUUGUUGGUGAAUGAAUCACAAAAGAGUUGCGUUUGAAAAAAAAUAAACAUAUGACCUGUA